UGGAAUCAAGAACAUGGACCAGGUAGCCCCUGUGGCUAACAGUUUCAGAGGAACACUCAAGCGCCAGCCAGCCUUCGACACUUUCGACGGGUCCCUGUUUGCAGUCUUCCCCUCACUGAAUGAAGAGCAAACGCUCCAAGAAGUGCCCACAGGCUUGGACUCAAUUUCUCAUGACUCGACCAGCUGUGAAUUGCCUUUGUUAACUCCAUGCAGCAAAGCUGUGAUGAGUCAGGCUUUAAAAGCUACCUUCAGUGGCUUCAAAAAGGAGCAGCGCCGCCUCGGCAUCCCAAAGAACCCCUGGCUGUGGAACGAGCAGCAGGUGUGCCAGUGGCUUCUCUGGGCCACCAACGAGUUCAGUCUGGUAAACGUCAAUCUCCAGAGGUUUGGCAUGAACGGCCAAGUUUUGUGUAACCUUGGCAAGGAGCGCUUUCUGGAGCUGGCACCUGACUUUGUUGGCGACAUUCUCUGGGAACAUCUGGAGCAGAUGAUCAAAGAAAACCAAGAGAAGACAGACGAUCAGUAUGAAGAAAAUUCACACCUCAACUCAGUUCCUCAUUGGAUCAACAGCAAUACAUUAGGUUUCGGAGUGGAGCAGGCGCCCUAUGGAACGCAGGCUCAGAGCUACGCCAAAGGCACUCUCCUGGACAGCAUGUGUCCGCCGUCCUCAGCACCCAGCAGGCUGGGCUCCGAGCAGGAGUUUCAGAUGUUCCCCAAGUCUCGGCUUGAUACUGUCAGCGUCAACUACUGCUCCGUCAACCAGGACUUCCCAGGCAGCAACUUGAAUUUGCUCACCAACAAUUCUGGGAAGCCCAAAGACCAUGCCUCCUCCGAGAAUGGCACGGAUAGCUUCGAAAGCACCGACCCGCUGCUGCAGUCCUGGAGCAGCCAGUCAUCCCUGCUGGAUGUGCAGCGGGUACCUUCCUUCGAGAGCCUGGAGGACGACUGCAGCCAGUCUCUCUGCCUCAGUAAGCCGACCAUGUCUUUCAAGGACUACAUCCAAGACAGGAGUGACCCCGUGGAGCAAGGCAAACCAGUUAUACCUGCGGCUGUCCUGGCUGGCUUCACGGGCAGUGGGCCUAUUCAGCUGUGGCAGUUUCUUCUGGAGCUGCUCUCAGACAAGUCUUGCCAGUCAUUCAUCAGCUGGACCGGGGAUGGAUGGGAGUUCAAGCUUGCUGACCCCGACGAGGUGGCCCGCCGCUGGGGAAAGAGGAAGAACAAGCCCAAGAUGAACUAUGAGAAGCUGAGUCGCGGCUUACGCUACUAUUACGACAAGAAUAUCAUCCACAAGACGUCGGGGAAGCGCUACGUGUACCGCUUCGUGUGCGACCUGCAGAACUUGCUGGGGUUCACGCCGGAAGAGCUGCAUGCCAUCCUGGGCGUCCAGCCCGACACCGAGGACUGAGGUCUCGGGGACUGCCCUGUGCCGCCCGGGCCCGGGGGACUGGAGUGGGAAGCCCGUCCUGACCAACUGCUCCAAGGACCCAGGAAAGGCAGGAUUAGUUACGUCCGGGAAAGUUGCCAAGAAGCAGUGGCCUUAUUUCAUCCCACACCGCGCCUCUUUGACAAGGCUGCCUCCCUUGCGGCAGAAGGUGGCGCGGCUUCUCGACUAAAUCCGCUGACGGGCAGAUGCUGCUUAGAACGCUACUCAGUGAAAACAGACGUGGAAGGGCGCCGUGAAGCCACCCUAGCUCUGAGCGGGCCAUGUGACAGGGUGGUUCAGGCUGUUCGAGGCUCUCAAAGGAGCGAGCAUGUCGUGGACACACACAAACAUUUCGUAUUUUUCUUCUGCCUUUUACAACCAGAAACAGCAGAUGCAGAAGCCGUCUCAUUGUUUGAGAGGGGUAGGAGGGUGGGAAGGAAACAAUCGUGCCAUUUCAGAAGUUAGUUUGUAUAUAUUAUUAUAAUCCUAUCAUUGUUAUCAAAGUCUUCUAACAGUCCUAUUUAACAGAAAUUGUAUAUUGUAAUUUAAAAUAAUUAUAUAACUGUAUAUGAAACAAGAAUGCAGACAUGCAAUGUUUUAUUCCACUUUUCAAUAGCACAUAACGAUAUUUUACAAAGAUUUAAUCUGCCAAGGGCCAACUGAGAGUUGUAAGGUGUGUGUUAUUUACAUUUAACGUGCCUACGGGAAUAAGGUCUAAGAGGGUAAUCCCUGGUUUUUGUGUUUCUGUGGGGUUUUUUGCCUUGGUUAUCAUCUGGCAAGGUCUUUGUACAUUUAAGAAUUUUUACAAGAAACUGAAUGUGAUUAUCUGGAGGUUUAGCUGGCCUCUCUGCUUUCUCCUCCAUUAAUUGUAAAGUAAAAGCUAUAAAGCAGUAUUUUUUUUGACAAACGGUAUAUGUUUUCCACUUCUAUGCAUGCCUUUAAACCAGUUUAUAUGCAAGACCUAUUUUAUUUUUUAGUUUAACUGUGUUUCCACAACAACUCACCUCUCCCUGACCAACCAUUUCCUUCCUGUGCCCCAAGUUACUCUGUAUGAUUAAAAUAAGAAUACUAUUUUUAGAAAUAUGUGACUCCUUUUCAGAGAUCAGGAGGGACUUAUGUAGCAGCUAUUUUUACUGCAAAAGUAAUUCACUGGAAAAAAAUGUAAUUUGUAAGAAAGCUUUAUUUUUAUCUCAGCUCCAUGUAAAGUUAAACAUAUUGUAACAGAGCUGAAAGGUGGGGGUGGGGGGUCUUUAUUAAACCUCUGGGGCAUGAAUGAAGCGUGGUCUGCCCCAUCUUUGUUCACCUGUUGUGUCUUGGCUAUCUGGAUAGCAUGCUGCUCCAUCCUGCUCCAUGUCCGCAGCAAGACAGCUUUCUUAUUUUCUUGGACACAGAAUGCCCAGAGGCACAGAGAGGGCGAACAAGGUGGGGAAGAGAAUGCAUCAGAGUAGUUCAUUUGAGUAAAAUGUUUUGAUCGAGGUGGUGACUUUAGCAGUGGUUUCAAAGGUGCAUGUGAGUCACCUGUGUAUUCCUGACCUUCAUGCGUGAUCCAGUCAAGCUGGGUUCACAGUUGGUUGGUCUCUACUAUUCCCUGGCAUGUGGCCAUGGACCAGCGGCUGACAUCCCUAAAGGAUCAUCAUGUGCUGAGGUUGCAGUUGGGUUGCAAGGCAUGCUGGGAAGAACCAAGCCAGAACUGGACAACUCAGCCUAAAUACCACAAAAGACAGUUUCCAGUAUGUUUAAGCACAGGAUGUUUUCCUCAAGUGGGAUCUAUUUAUCACUCAGACAUCUGUUUACAAUAUAAACAGACAUGUGACUGGGAACAUCUUGCUGCUGAAAGGAAUUGUAGCUGUCGGCUCAUUUUAUAUGAGGCUGAACCGCAUGAAGCUGCCAAUGUUAGACUAGGUUUUUAUCUACAAAGAUGGUACGUUUCAUGUGGUUCGACCUAAUAAUGGUGGAAACUAAAGUCCUUAUAAACCUUUGGCAUGGUGAUGAACAGAUCUUGAGUACACAAAUUUUGUAAUCUGGCCUUUUCUUUCUCAAAUAAUAAAGUAUUUUGUUUAUAUAAA